AGUUAUAAUAUCACACAACAAAUUAUAGCUUUCUCUUUAUUUUAACAAAUUAUAAUUAAAAGCAUUAAGUGGCUCCAACUUUAGCUCUCUAUAAACACUGCACCUGUCCAUCUCUCUCUCUCUCUCUCUCUACUUAACCUGCGAUAUUUUGGGGCUGCCUCUUUGAAUCACAUUUCCUGACAAAGCUCAUCUUGAAUUGAUUCCUGAGAGAAGAAACAGGGGAAAGGAUAAAAAAAAAAGAUGAAGUUUUGCAAGAGAUAUGAGGAGUACAUGCAAGGAAAAGAGAAGGAGCUCCCCGGCGUGGGAUUGAAGAAGCUGAAGAAGAUACUCAAGAGGUGCAGGAGAGAAUUCCACGCGCAGGAUCAGAUGGAAGAAAACCCAACUGAGAAUUGUGAUCCAGUCACUAAACCCAAAUGCCCAGAUCAAUGCCCGGUGUGUGAUGGAACUUUCUUCCCUGCUCUUCUUGAGGAAAUGUCAGCAGUUUCUAGUUGCUUCAAGGAACGUGCCCAAAAAUUGCUCGAGUUACAUUUAGCUUCAGGCUUCCGGAAGUAUUUCAUGUGGUUUAAAAACAAGACACAAAGAAACCAUGGAAUUCUAGUACAGGAAGGUAGAGAACUGGUCACAUAUGCUAUCAUUAACUCUGUUGCCAUGAGGAAGAUACUGAAGAAAUAUGACAAGAUUCAUUACUCUAAACAAGGGCAAGCAUUCAGAGAAAAAGCUCAGAGUUUGCACAUUGAGACCCUUAAAUCUCCCUGGCUCUGUGAAUUGUUGGCUUUCUACAUCAACGUGAGACAAAAGGAGCCAAAUAUGAAGGUGAUUCCAGGUGUAUUUGGCGACUGCUCGCUCACAUUUGAUGAUGGCAAGCCGGUGCUCUCAUGUGGCUUGUUUGAUUCUGUGAAGCUUGAAAUAGACUUGACAUGUUCCAUAUGCUUGGAAACUGUGUUCGAUCCUGUUUCCCUUACCUGUGGUCAUAUCUUUUGCUACAUGUGCUGUUGUUCCUCUGCAUCUGUAACAAUCAUCGAUGGCCUCAAGGCUGCAGACCACAAAGCAAAAUGCCCUUUAUGCCGGCGGGGAGGAGUAUAUGAGGGUGCUGUGCACUUGGAGGAGCUAAACAUGUUACUGAGUCGCAGCUGCCCAGAUUACUGGGAGAAGAGGCUACAGAGUGAGAGAGUGGAGAGAGUUCGUCAGGCCAAGGAACAUUGGGAAUCGAUGAGCCGAACAUUUAUAGGUCUUUAAGAGGUUGUUAGUUUUGGGACCGGAGAUAGAAUCAAGAGAAAAUCACCGUGAGAUUGCACUUCAGAUGACAUUGCAACUGGUUUUUAUUUAUUGCAACAAGGCACUCCAGAUGAAGGCGCGCUUGAAUCUGUGAGAAAUUACUAACCACUCUUGAGGUAUAUAAACAGCUAUUGGAUUGUGCCAGGCAACCAACUAAUUAUUUAUGUACUAUCAUCAUCCUACCAUUUUGUUUACUGUAAUUACUCUUCUUUAUUUAAAUCACCAAGUACAUGGACAAAGUUACUUAUAACUAUCAAGCCAUUCCAAUUAGUUCACCAAUGUAAAUAUAGUCUCCAAGUUAUAGGAGAAGGAGAAACUAGACGAGUAAAAUUCGUCGCUCCUACAUAAAUUUACUGUACAAGGGAAAAAUGCGGCGUAUCCCUUUUCCGUAUCCUACAGGGAAAAUGCGCCUAUCGUGGUUGGCGGUUUACGAUCCUCUUUCAGCUGUCUGAACUAAAGCCAGUCAACUCGACAAAGAACAUCCUGAGCAGUUACGGCAAUGCAUUCUUGGAGUUAUUACAGUUGUCGUUCUUUUCUGCCUUUUUUCCGAAAGUUCUAGCCGUUCCAAUCACUGAGAUAUCGUAGCGCUUGCUUGAUCUCAGUCCUGCUAUCAGAUAAAAUGAAAGGGAGAUGAUAAAAGUAGUACCUUGGAAAAGGAAGUAUCAUGUUCCAAGAGUGAGAAAACACAAUGUUAAAAAGAAAGUAUCGUGUUCCAAGAGUGAGAAAACGCAAUGUUA